AUGUCCUAUGCAGAAUUGUUUCCUGCACUGCUAGCUAAAAAUCAUGUCCAGACAAGGUCUCCACCACCUAUGCCAAAGGACCUUCCCUAUUGGUACAAGGCUUGUGCUUACCAUCAAGGGGCACCAGGACAUAGCAUUGAAAAUUGUUUUGGUCUAAAGUCAUAUGUUCAGAGGCUCAUCAAGAGUGGUAUCCUUUCAUUUAAGGACAUAAACCCCAAUGUUCAAGUUAAUCAUCUACUGCAACAUGGUUCAGCCUCAAUUAACAUGGUAUAUGGUUGCCCAGGCACUUUCCGGAGCUAUGAUGUACGGUUGUUGGGCGAUAACUUAGUAAAGAAACACAACAGAUAUAUUAAGAAUGGUUUUGUGCCUCCACAUAACUACGCCUCUUGCAGGGUUUGUUCCAAGAACUCUCAAGGAUGCCUAACUGUUGUAACGGAUCUCCAAGAUCAAAUGGACCAAGGUUACAUUGUAGCCUACCGAGCCAGAGAUUAUAAUCAGGUCAAUAUGGUCAAUAGUGACAACAAAGUGAAUGUCAUAGUUCCUCAGUUCAACGACUCCGAGCCUAUACAAAUUACUUAUGACAGUCCGAAGACUUCUGUGACUCCUCUGGUCAUUAACUUACCGGGCCCAGUUCCCUACCAAUCUGAUAAAGUCGUGCCUUACAAGUACAAUGCUACAAUGACUGGGAAUGGAAAGGAUGUUCCUCUACCCUCCAUUGUUAAUGUCGCUGAUGUAAGCAGGGUUACAAGGAGUGGGCAUAUAUUUGCAAAAAGGAUUGAGGAUGUCGCAGCAGGAAAACAGGCUCAUGUUGAGAUCCCUUUUGAACCGGUUGGCCAAUCUGAUAACAUGAAUCUGAAAAGUGAUGACGAUGAGGUGUUGAAGCUCAUCAAGAAAAGUGAAUGCAAUAUGGUGGAACAAUUACUACAUACACCUUCCAAGAUAUAUGUCUUAUCUUUGUUGAUGAACUUUGAGGCUCAUUGUGAAGCUUUGCAGAAAGUCUUAGAACAAGCCUAUGUAGACCAUGAUGUGACGGUCGGACAGUUUGAUGGUAUCGUUGCUAACAUCACGGCCUGCAAUAACUUGAGUUUCAGUAAUGAAGAGCUCCCCGAAGAAGGAAGAAAUUAUAACAUGGCACUAAAUAUCUCAAUCAACUGUAUGAAUGACUCUUUGUCAAGUGUGUUGCGACACAUCGAUUCUCUUUACUUCCAAAAUUCUUAG